AAUUCAUAAUAAAAAAGCCUUAGAUUAUUAAAGUUCGAGCCUACCCAAGCCUUAAACUUUCAAAAUUUGAGCCUACCCAAGCCUACCCAACUUCAAUCUAGGGUAGGCUUGUACCUACCCAGGCCUAAUGGCUCCGCCGCCUAUGACAAUAGGUAAUCGAGUGUGCUGAAUCCGAACAUCACAUUGGUUUGUUGUAGUUUAGAGACUCGGUUUUUCAACGACCCGAUAUUCAAGCUGGAAAACUUUUCGAAACAAAAAAUGUUUUUGAUCCAGCCAUAUGAAAGAGCUCAUCGCCAAAUCUAAGCAGAACCAUUUUUUUAGGUUUUAGGAGAGGUUUUAAGCGGGUUUUAAACGUGCAAAACUGAUUUACAUUUACUUGAUUUACAACUGUCGAAAACGGUGUUCAUAGCAAAAAGCUUUUUAGCCAAAAUAUUUUCUGGGCCAAAAUCGGUGCAGCGUCUCUAGUAGUGACCAAGGAGGAUCAGGAUUGAAUCAAUUGAAUUCUUCGUCUAGUAUUUACAUUGAUCAAAAUCUGACCGCAAUCUACGUGUCGGAUACAAAUAAUCAUCGUAUAGUGGAAUGGUUAGUAGGCGCAUCUCAAGGUAUUAUUGUGGCUGGUCAAACUGGUUCUUCGGGUAGCGGCUCAAAUUAACUUCGUUCUGCUAAGGGUAUCUUUGUUGAUGAACUAGAAGGUAUAUUCUACAUUUGUGAUACAGGCAAUAGUAGAAUUCAAAAAUGGUUAUUAGGUGCAUCGUCUGGUACAACACUUACAAGUUAUAAUGAAUUAAGUAGUCCAAAUUCAAUUUUUGUUGAUACCACAAGUACAAAAUCACAAAUCGUUGCUGGUACAGGUCGAAGUGGGAAUCAAACAGAUCAACUUUCCUCGCCAUUGGGAAUUAAAUUUGAUUUAAGAAAUUUGAAUUUGUAUGUAGCUGAUUAUGGUAAUAAUCGAAUAGAAAAAUUUCAAUUUUAUACGCAGUCAUGUGCAUGGUAUCCAGAUGCUACUACAGUUGCUAGCGGUGGUCGUGUCAAGGGUCAAUUAUCUAAUCCAAUGGAUAUUGCAAUUAACAGUCAACAGAAUUUAAUUGUUCCUGACUAUGGUAAUCAGCGUCUCGAAAAAUAUUUUUUGAUCAACAAUACCAUCGUGACAUUGGCAACAAAUGUUGAUAAAUUCGAUAAUAACAUUGAUAAACUCAAUGGAAAACUGUUGUGCAGAACUACGGAAGGUCUCAUUUUGAAGAGAAGACUUUGCUCUAUCUUACGGAAUAAUAAAACAAAUGUUUGCAUUGAGUUUUAAAAAAGUAGGAUUUUUGGAGAUCCUGGAUUUCUGAGAAAACCUUUUUUCUAACAGAUUAAAGUCAAAUUGAAAUUUUUUGAAUAAUAUAUAUACACACAUCGAAGUCAGCGCUGUACGAACCUAUCGUCAGAUUUAUUGUAGCUACU